CAUAAUGUUCGUUAAUAUUUCCUUUCAUCAUUCCAUAUGUUUGUCCGCAUUUUAGACGUUACUGAACGGCACUGCGCAUGCGCAAACCUGACCGUUGGGAAAGUAAAAAUGGCGGCAUGAUUUGAAGAUUUUUCUGACGUUUUCAAUCUGCAGUCAUCCAUCUAAUGCGAAUGUGUCACCUGCACAAGCUUCACCAUGGGCAAGACUGCAGUAGAGCGCCAGCGAGAGAGGCGGUUGCGGUUGAAACAAGAUGCCAGAGAAUAUAACAAAUACAAAAAACGAGACAGAGAAAGGAAAAACGCUGCCCGGAAAAACUUAACACCAGGUGAACUAAAGAAAUUGAGAGAAAGGACCUUAACAGCAGUGAAGAAAUAUCGUGCUUGUGAUGUCACUGACGGUACACUACAAUGCUACAAAUAUGGAAAUAGUGCAUCACUAAAUAAAGCUAAAUCGCGAGUGUUAAAAGCCUUACCAAAAAGCCCAAGGAAACGUGCAACUGUCCUUAAAGCACUCGCUUGCGACAUCUUAGGUGUACAUGUGGUUAACCAGCCAAGCCGCAUACUACCCCAAGAAACAGUAGACACAGUCCUGGCGUUCUACCAGAACGAUGCAUUUUCCCGUGUGAUGCCAGGAAAGGCUGACUGUAUAACUGUUAGGAAUUCAAAUGGUGAAAAAAUUAAAAAGCAGAAAAGACAUUUGACAAUGACUUUAUCUGAGGCGUAUUGUUGUUUCAAAGCUGACCAUCCACAAAUCAACAUCGGAAAAUCAAAGUUCGCUGAAUUACGUCCGAAGUGGGUCUUUUUGUCAUCACAAAUGCCCCAUAACGUGUGCGGCUGCAGAUAUCACGAGAAUGUCUUUCUUCUUCUCGAGGCUCUCCAUCGAAAAUAUCCUGAUGUCGUUCCACUCUAUUCCAAAGAACUUUUCACAGCCAGAUGCAAGUGCAGUGUCACAAGUGAGGAAUGCAUGUCCAACAAUUGUGAACAAUGUUCUGACGCCACUCUGUUCAACCAAGUGUUCCGAGAUGUAGUCGAAGAAGACCCCACAUUCAAGUGGUAUCAAUAGGUAGAAGAAAACGGUUUCUUACAAAAGGCAAUGACGCAUGGUUCGACAACAGAUGCAUUCGAUGAGCUUGCCGGUCAACUCCCGAAAUUCUUCUGGCACUCGUUCAUCAAAGAGAAGCAAGCCACUUCCUACAACGACUCGAAAUUGAAGGCCAUGGAAUCAGAUAGCAACAGAUGCCUACUUCAAAUGGACUUUGCAGAGAAUUUCACUUGCACAUGGCAGGAUGAAAUUCAAAGUGCGCACUGGAAGCAAAGGCAAGUUACUGUCUACACAGUUAUGGUGUACCACCGUGGACAAAAUCUGUCAUACGUGAUAGUGAGCGACUACCGUGAGCACGAAAAGUCUGCUGUGACUGCAUUCACCUCCCAGAUCAUGGACGUCAUCAAGUCCGAAAUGCCUAGUGUUGAGGUGGUUGACGUUUGGACAGAUGGACCGUCAAGCCAAUACAAAAACAAAUACGUUUUCGCACUUCUCUUCAAACUCCAGGAACACCAUGGGUUGCAAAUACAGUGGAACUAUUUCGCUACGUCACACGGGAAAGGUCCGAAUGACGCACUCGGAGGUAAUGUGAAAAGAAUGGCACAUCGCUUGACUAUGGCCAGAACUGUCAUCGUCAAUAAUGCAGAAACACUUGCCACUGCAGUCAGAUCCUGCGAAACAAAUAUCCAUGUACACGUCAUGGAUGAAGCAGCAAUCCAGCAGAAGUGUCAAGAUAUUGGUACCGAAGUCCUCUGGAAUGGUCUACAAACAUUCCAAGGAACAAUUACAACACAUUUCUUGAAACCUCUUGACAAGGACACCAUCCAGUUGAAAUUUUACACAAGUGCUGACGAAUACCGCAAUCUUCCUGUUCGUCAUAAUCUGCAGAAUCCCGUCGCAGGUCCAAGUGCCGCGCCCAGUGUCACCGCUGCUAACCAAGUGAGACCUCAACCCGUCGCAGGUCCAAGUUUCAUCAAAAAUUCGAAAAAACCAAAGUCAUUAAAUCCCACACCAGUACGUAAACAUCCUAAAAUCAGAAAGGAGCCUGAUGGUGCCAAUAGCGACGAUUUAUGCGGGUACUGCGGCCAUUACUAUGGCUCUGUAUCUGACCCAAAAUCAACGGACGAAUGGAUCGAAUGCCAAAAAUGCCGCAUUUGGGUACAUGAAUCUUGUGGCGAAGACUGGGGGGUAAUAGAUGAUGAUGAACGUUAUACCUGCUUACCCUGUCUUUAAAGGGUCUUGGUGGACUCGUCGUUUUUGUCAGUUCUGUGUGUGUGUUAUCCCUGUGACCACCAUCCAAACAUCGGUGGGUUGUGGAACAUUCACAACAACGCCUAUAGUUGAGGACUAGUAUCCGUUAGUACUGUAGAAUCGGCCAGGAGCCGUUGUGACUUUCCAGAUGGCAGCACCUACAUUUUAAUAUGAAAAACCAUUACAUAAAUUGAGAGUGCUGCCAUCUGGAAAGUUGCAACGGCUCCUGACCGA